AUGAGAUGGAUGCUGCUUGAGAAACCCUCAUAUGCUUCAUGCUCGGAUUUAAUCACUUUUAGAGGCAGAUUUUAUGCAGCCUUUUUUAACCAUGGCAUUUUCGCUAUCGAUCCUUAUUCGCUGGAAGUGACUCCCCUGAUACCCUCGGAGCUUCUGAACUCUGGUUCAGUAAAUGAUCUGGUUCCAUCUGGCAAUGAUGCACUUUUCCUGGUUGAGAAAAUCAUCCCUCGUACUGGUGUAUUAUACUUUAGUCGGUUAACAUUAAGAGUUAGUAUGUUAGAUGAGGAGGCUGGUAAAUGGGUCGAGGUCAGCGAAAUAGGUGACCGUUUGUUGGUCAUUGGAGAUUUGGGAAAUGUCUGCUGCUCGGCUAAGGAGCUUCCUGAUGGUUGUGGUUUAAGUGGGAACUCAAUUGUUUUCACCCAUGGGCCAGGCAAUGUAACUUACUCCUACAAAUAUGGUGUGCAUACAGGACGUGAGGAAGAUGACCUCAAUUGUUGGAGAUACUCGAGAGAGAAACCCGUGACGAUCCUCAGCACAUCUCCAGUGGUGGCUCUCCGGGUUGAGAGCGCUAAGCUGUAA